UUGAACCGUUGAAAGAGAGGAGUCGUUAGACGCGCGCCGGUAACUACCUUGAUUUGUGCUCAUUAAUGAAAGAAAGCAAUUUUGAGGAAGUUAUUUUUUGCGGAACAAAUCGUGAAUAACAUCAAACGCAACCUGUUUACAUGGUGAUAAGAUGUUGAGGUCAGCUGUUCCCUCCCUCCAAAUUGCUGCAACAGUACCAGAGGCCCUCACUGUACUUCAGCAAAGAAUUCGAGUGGCCGAGGAACAGGCUGAUGGUCUUCUUCGAAAUCUAGGGACACAGGGGCUGAGCAAAGUUGAAAAUGUGGUCUCCGUGGAACCUUUGCGUCCUGUCAGUCCUAUUCAGAUCAGAAAUGCUUCCAGUGGAGAGUCUGAUGUAUUGUGGAAGAACUACGAGACUCUAGUGAGCAGAAUGUGCCGCCUGGAAAGUAUCAUCCAGACACUGAAGCUAAAUCUUUUCCGCCUGGAGACUGAAAAGGAGUUAAACCCAACACAUUCAGCCCAGCUUGCCCAGCAACUUAGCAGCCUACAGGCUGAGCACUUGGAGGAGCUGCGGGCAGCUCAGCGUGAGGUGAUGAGAGUCCGCCAGCAGCUCAACCAGCUUACCCAAGAGAAGGAAGCUGCUGAGGAUGAAGCAAAGAGACUUGCAGCUGCACUUGAGAUUGCCACAGCCAGCAAGAUGGAUGCAGCCAUGGCCGCUGAGGAUCUGAAGCUCAUGAAAAGUGAGAUGAGCCGCAGAUUGCAGGAGGCCAAGGGGGAGCUCGCUCAACAAUUCGGCCAAAGGGUACUCCUGGAGCAAUCCCAUGAGGGCCUUCUACAGAGGCUGCAGAAUAUGGAGACUGCUAUUUCAGUGGAGAGAGAACAGGUACACGAGCUACAACAAAAGUGCCAGGCUUUGGAAAGUGACACCCAGUCUGUCAAGCAGAAGCUGCUGAAGGAGCAGCAGCGUGCAGAUGAGCUGGAACUGAAAUGCAAGGACCUGAAGAUGGCUGCUGAUGCUGAAAAAUCCAGGCUAACGGAAAUGGCAGAGGAAAGGAAGAACUGCCAGAUGGCUUUACAUAAGCAGAAGGAGGAGAAUGGCCAGCUCCUGAGUGAGAUCAGUUGUCUGAGGGACACGGCAGAGAAAGUGCAGGCUUUAAAUGACCAACUGAAUACUCAGUGUAUGGAGCUCAGUGCAGCGGUUCGCUCUCUUGCAGUGGAGAAUGCAAAACUCCUGGCAGAACAUCAAAUUGCUCUCAAGGAGGAGCAGCAGCGUGUAUCUCAGAGACUGCAGGAGCAGGACCUAUUGCUUGAUGCAGCCCGGGCAAGCAUCCAGGCAGAGCUGCAAGGAGCUUUGUCUGAUAAGAUGGAACUGCAAAAGGCUCUGGAUGUUUUAAGUAAAGAACAUGCUCACCUCCUACAGACAUCUGAAGAGUCUGAACGUAAGAUGGCACAGGAUUUCAAACUAUUAGAGUCCACUGUAAAGAGGCAGCAAGCAGAAUUACUGGAGGCCACUCAUGGUUGGCAGAAUGCUAAUGUAGACUUAGUUGGGGCAAAAAACACGGUGAACAAGUUAAUGGAGAAGAAAGCUGAAAUGGAGGCCGAGCUGACCAAGUGCAGGCUGGAGUUGGAUUCUUUUAGAUCAUCCCUUGAAAUGCAGGAAAAGGAGAAUGGAAGGUUACAAGAUCGUAUGGCUUCUUUGGAGCAGCAGCAGCUUGCAAAGCAUCAAGUGGAGCAAGCGCUUGAUGAGCUGACCAUAACAAAGAAUAAACUGGCUUAUGACAAGGGGACACUUCAGGCUAAAGUUUCACAGCUACAGGAAGAGGUCCAGUCUCUGGCAGAUGUUCAAGUAGACAGAGUUCACCUCCAAAAGAAAAAUGCUGCCUUGGAAGCCAAAUACAAGCAGGUGGCUACCGAACUUAGCAGCAUCCGCAUCCAUGUGCAAAGGCUAGAAGCACAGUAUAAACAGGCCCAGGUGUCAAUGGAACGGAAGGAGGAAGAUUUUGCCCUUGCAAUCCGCUCUAGGGAUGAAGCUCUGCGGGAGGUCCGAAAACUGAAGAGCCAAGUAGAGGCAAUGGAGGAGAAUGAGAGGGAGAAGGUGGCAUUGUUGCAAAAGCAGUUGGGAGAAUCCAAGCUUGACAGUGGAAAGGUCACGUCCACAUUAGAGAAUGUUCUAGCCUCUCACAGCAAGGUGCAGCAGACUGUGGAAAAGCUGCAGAUAGAGAUGGGCUGCAAGGAUGCAGAGUUGGUGGGACUACGCAAAGACAGGUUACAGUUACAACAGAAGGUACAGACCCUGCAGGAGGAGCUGACAAGCUUACAAAGCAAGCUGAGUGCUGAAGAAAAACGUAUCAGCAGUCAGAUGGAAUCGAUGCGCUUAGCACUGGAGGCUAUGCGUGGUGACAACAGGCAGCUGGCAGAGAGUCUGGAACAGGCACUUUUGGCCAAUGGUAACAUGCAGAGCAGGCUGAAGCGAGCCCAAGAAGAGUUGGACGGCAAAGACGUCCAAUACCAGCAACUCAUUCAACAGAGACAGCAGGAAAGUGAAGAUUCUCGAAAGGAGGCAGAGGUAUAUGCAGAGCGCCUUGAGGUGCUCAGGAAACAGUUUGGUGCAGAAAGGGAAGCAGCACGCAAGGCCAUGCAGCGAGAGGUCGCUGAGCUAAAGAAGGUGUUACAUGACGCCACUGUAAAAUCAGCAGAACUAUCCAGAGCUAAUAAGGAGCUGAAGGAAAAGACAUCUGAUUUAGAGAAAGUGAUAAACAACCAGAAGGUUAGAAUGAAGAGUCAGAAUGUUCAAAUUAAAAGUUUCAUGGAAAAGGUUGAAAAGGCAAACACCAACCAAGACUCUGAAAGAUUAAAGGCCAUUGAAGCUGAUUUAAAGCUUAUGGAAUCUCUCAAAGAGAAAUACCAGAAGAAGAACUACGAACAGGGGCAGAUGAUUCAGAAGGUAUUGUCUGAGAUGGCCUGUCUUCAACAGGAGAUGCAGUCACUGCUCAAGGAUCAGCAGGAUGCAGAGAGGGAGCGUAGGAUACAGGAGGAUCUCCAAAGACAGUGUCAGAGUCUACAGGAGGAGGUCAGACAGUUAAUGAGGGCAAAGCAAGCAGCAGAACAGAAGCUUCAAGAGGCAGGCUUGGAGUCCCAGCAGAUUUCUGCUAACCUGGAAGAAGCGCAGCAGUGGUUCAGGACAAAGUUUGACAAAUUGCAGACAGAGCUAGCUCAGGCCCACCAAAACAAAAGGACUACAAAGAAGACAUUUUUAUAGCUGAAGCUACCAUUGUCAAUGUUUCAGUGAAGAAAACCUGAAUGGAGAAGUGCAAAGACAAGAUUGGAAUGGCUCUGGCCUCUUGCAUACCACUGUUUGAAAUAAUAUGUCUAGGAUGGGACGGACCAGCAGAAUUCAGGUGAUAACCAUCAAAGACUCUGGCCUGGUACCAAGGCAGGAUGAUAAUAGCACUUGAGGAAAUAAGUGGGAUGCAGGAGAUGUAUAUGAAGCCUUGUUUUACUGCUGCUGUAAUGGGGAAAAAAGCAAAUAACCUCAUAGCAGUCACUUGUCAACCAGAAAUCGGUGGUAUGACACACUUGGAUUUGCCCCUUUCUGGCUUUGUACUCCUCGGUUGUAGAGUUUCAAUGAAGUCUGGGUUUAAGAAAUUGAUUUUGGAUUCCCUUAGCAUAUUGUUGAUACAUGGGACUGUUUCCUGACUUUUGACCUCUUCUCUAUAUUUUUGCAAGCAUAUAACCCAAGAUCACUCCUUAGAACUGCAGUAAUAAAUUAAUGUGAUUUCCUGUGCACUGCUGCCAGCACAUUGAAAUGGGACUCAAAAGACCCAUUGCAUUAACAGCAUGGAAAUGAAGCCAUUACACUGGUACAUUCAGGAAGUGGAAAAUACAAUCAUGCAGCAAUCUCUCAGUCAAGCUGUAAAAUUAAGGGUCCACAGUGAGUAACUUGGCGAGAGAACCAAGAGAGGCAAGGCCUUUAUCCAAAUCAAUGUUGUCACUUCUGUGAGACAAACUGCAGGCAGGGGCUGCUGUGAUUGGAGUUCAAUGUGAAUUUAAUUUAGGGAAGAGGGAGGAGCAAGAAGGUCUGUAGAUGCAGUGAAACAGAAAAUACUGUCUAAGAUGAACUGGAGCAACACAGUUUGGUCUAAUAGUAGUGGAGGAAGAAAAAUAGAUGAAGUACAGCCUCAUCACAGGCUCUGGAAGAGAGAGAGAUAGAGAGAGACUUGGCUUUGAAGAGGUGGAGAAUAAGGGAAGCCUAAUAAGACAUGAGAGGGGAAAAGAAGGGGGAGGCAGAGACUCAAACCAUAAAAGGGAGACCUGGGUGAAGCCUCACAGUGAGUGAAUAAUAAGGUAUAUCUGUGCAGGGCAUGGAUAUUAGAACUGUAUUAAUAAUCAUGUUGAUAUAUAUAUAUAUAUAUAUAUAUAUAUUUUUUACACUUUGAAGAUGGCUUGAUUAAGGACCCCAGCAACUUCUUUGGUGUUCAGAGUUUAGCCGGAAACUGAUGAAGUUGUCUUGAUUUGUAGAACAUAGCUAGAAUAAAAACUCAAGGUACAGACAUCCAAAGUACUGUAUAUGCGGGAAAAGUGCCAGGUGCCACUGCAAAAUGACAGCCAGGUUCCUCCUAUAGUGCUGGUGUUUUCUCCUGCGU